AUGCUAUAUUUUAUGCCUGCACUGCUCAGUGUCAUAUCACCAGCCUAUAUCCUGGGGGAUUCUGAACCAUGUCCUGCUAUCUGUGAAUGCUCUGAAUGGAUGACCUACACAAUUUCCUGCUUUGAUAUUGAUGUAAUGCCUACAUUUCCUGCAAGCACAGAAACGCUAUGGCUCCUGGAGACACGACUCACAGCAGUUCCACACGAUGCCUUUGUGAACAUGGUCAACAUCUCAGGGAUAUACAUAUACGGAGAUGUGAUAUUGAAGAGGCUGGAGAAGCACUCAUUUUACAAUUUAAUGAAAGCCACCCACAUAGAAGUACGGAAUACCAGGAGUUUGGCAUACAUUGACUCAGAGGCAUUUAAGAACCUACCAAAUCUGAAGUACUUGGGGAUUUUUAAUACCGGGCUUUCAGUAUUCCCUGACCUGACCAAGAUCAACUCUGAUGAUAUGAACUUCAUACUUGAAAUGGCUGAUCAUCCCUACAUCACAGCAAUCCCAGCCAACUCCUUCCAUGGCAUUACCAAGAAUGUCCUGACUGUGAUGUUGUACAGCAAUGGUUUUACUGAAAUCAAGCCAUAUGCCUUCAAUGGGACUAAACUGAAAGCUGCCUACCUUCACAGAAAUGAACUCUUGACCAGAAUUGACGAGAUGGGGUUUGCCGGCAUGAUAAAUGGACCAUUGCAUCUCGAUGUUUCCCAUUCACACGUGACCUCUUUACCCACAAUGGGUCUGGAGUCCCUCCAGGAACUCAUGGCAAGAAACACAUGGACCCUGAAGAAACUACCGCCGGUAACAACCUUUCAGCAUCUACUGAAAGUAGAUGUGACCUACCCGAGUCAUUGCUGUGGAUUUAAGGACUUAAAGAAAAAUAAAUUAUAUAUUGAAUAUGCCCUUUGUAACCUGACUACCUCCAGGCAAUAUCAGAAGAAUUGGAAUGAAGCGAGUGAUUUGAAAGGUCUCUCCCAAAACUACAGAGAGAGCGAAGUUCAACAUAAGGAUGCAAUCAAGGAAGACUAUGAACUCCAAGACUUCCAUUCCGACCUGCAUUACCAAAAUUUGGUAAACAACCUUGGUUUUGAGGAUACCAUUCAGACCAUGCAGGAAGACAGCAGCCAAUAUUUUGACAGCAUUUAUGACUACACAAUGUGUGAGGAGAGCAUAUAUAUUACCUGCUCUCCUGUGCCAGAUGCAUUGAACCCCUGUGAGGACAUUAUGGGCUAUAGUUUCCUGCGUGUAUCUGUUUGGUUCAUAAGCCUACUGACCAUCCUGGGGAACCUGUUUGUCUUAGUCAUCCUGUUCACCAGCCAUUAUAAGCUGUCUGUCUCACGCUUCUUAAUGUGUAAUUUAGCCUUUGCGGACCUGUGCAUGGGCAUAUAUCUCAUAAUUAUCGCCUCGGUUGACCUCCAUACGAGGUCUGAAUACUACAACUAUGCCAUAGACUGGCAGAUGAGCCCAGGUUGCAGCUUAGCUGGCUUCUUGACAGUCUUUGCCAGUGAGUUGUCUGUCUACACACUGACUGUGAUAACAUUGGAGCGUUGGUAUACUAUCACGUUUGCUUUGCGUUUAGACUGCAGGCUGCGUCUCCUCCAUGUCUCCAUUGUUAUGUUGGGGGGCUGGAUCCUUUGCUCCCUGCUGGCUCUGCUCCCCUUGGUGGGCAUCAGCAGCUACCAGAAGGUCAGCAUCUGCCUACCCAUGGACACCAACUCCACGUUAGCCAAGGUCUACAUUGUCUCCAUGCUGUCCCUCAACAUUUUUGCAUUCAUGGUAAUUUGCGUGUGCUACGUCAGGAUAUACUGCAUGAUGCAAAACCCUCAAAGCAGCUGCAGAAGCGAUGACGCCAUCAUCGUCAAACGUAUGGCUAUCCUCAUCUUCAUGGACUUCCUCUGCAUGGCACCCAUCUCCUUCUUCGUACUGUCAGCCGUGAUUUACAAACCCCUCAUCACGGUCUCUGACUCCAAGAUUCUACUGGUCCUCUUUUACCCUCUCAAUGCCUGUGCCAACCCUUUCCUCUACACAAUCUUUACCAAGGCCUUCCAUGGCGAUGUCAUCAUCCUGCUCAGCAAGAUCGGCUUCUGCAAACAACAAGCUCAGUGCUUCCGUGGCCAACCUGUAUCCGCUAAUAGCAUCUGCCAUCCGCAGCAGCAGGGAAAAAACACGAAGACCGUGCUCAUCUACCUGCAGGACCGCCCCCAACUACUAGUUUCUUAG